CGUAAGCAAAGCAUCAAGCAUGGCGACCCUCACUCCUAGAAGAAGCGGUUGGCCAGCCGGUAAAACGCCCCAAAAUGCCUAUAUGUCGUCUGGAUCACUAACACUGGAAAGGACAAUAAACCUCUAUCCACUCACAAAUUACACAUUUGGAACAAAAGAUGCUCUGUAUGAGAAGGACAGCUCCGUGCAGGCCAGGUUCCAAAGAAUGAGGGAAGAGUUUGAGAAAAUAGGGAUGAGACGCUCGGUGGAGGGAAUUCUACUUGUACAUGAACACAACCUCCCACAUGUAUUAUUACUGCAGCUAGGAACAACAUUCUUCAAACUUCCAGGAGGAGAACUAAAUGCAGGUGAAGAUCAGGUAGAAGGACUGAAAAGGCUACUGACAGAGACACUUGGUAGAACAGAUGGAGGUCCCAUGGACUGGACUAUAGAGGAUACAGUAGGGAAUUGGUGGAGGCCUAACUUUGAACCACCACAGUACCCAUAUGUCCCAGCACAUAUGACAAAACCCAAAGAGCACAGACGUCUUUAUCUGGUGCAGUUACCUGAAAAAGCUCUGUUUGCUGUACCCAGGAAUUACAAGCUGGUGGCGGCACCUUUGUUUGAGCUCUAUGAUAACUCUGCAGGAUAUGGCCCCAUCAUAUCAAGUUUACCGCAGGCUCUUAGCAGGUAUGAAUCCUUGUUUUACUUUAUGAAUAAAGUGAAGUUUAUUUUCCCAUGUGAGCUUGAAGGACUUGGCAUCUUUUAA